AACUGGCAUAGAGUGCAGGCUAUAGCCAAUAGGACGGGUACCAGACUAACGGUGCGAUCCAUAGAGAUGCCGACCCAAGUGUUUGGUAAAAAUCUGAGCGAAGGGUGGCUUAUAUGGCACGCGUCUGAUGUGAGUCGACUACAGGUGCUCCAGGAGUUUGGGGGUAUUUAUUUGGAUCGAGAUGUUUAUGUCAUUAAACCUUUCAAUGAGUUUUUCAAAUACGAAAUGACUAUUGAUUUUGAGAGUCAGAAUACGUUGGGAAGUCAAGUGCUAAUAGGUCAUAAAAACGCCAGAUUUUUGCGAUUAUGUUACGAGACGUUCCGGGACUACGAUCCCACCAAAUGGUACGUAAAUAUCGGGGAACGCCCGGUGCUCAACGUUAUCAACAAACAGCCGCAUAUCAUACACAGAAUGGACGGACAGUUUGGUGUCAGACCUAAUGUCUGUCAUAUGCUUUACCCUAAAUAUGAUAAGAAUUGGCGGAACAGUUAUCCAAAACCCCCGGCGUUUAGUGCAUACAAUGAGACAACUGUGUGGACAGUGGACACGACAUUCAGUUAUAUGUGUCGA